ACAUCCGCGAAGCGCGGCCAAAGUUCGCGCGCCGCAUUUCUUAAGCUCUCCGGCGUUUGUAUUAUUUUUUUUGCUACACUUUUGUUUACGCUUUUCUUAGGGGGAUUUCCUUUCGCUUCGCAGCAUUAUUGUUCCGCUGGACCGACGGACGGACGGCGGCGUUGAUCUCUCGUUGUUCUCAAAGUCGCGGACUCUUCUUACCGAGUGAUCUUGACGCUAGGCGCUCGACCGGGCAGAAUCAGUGGUGCACAGUAGCUUGUUCUCCGUCCAGGCGUUACUAAUUAGAUUCGCGGUGCAAUAGAAUAGGAUCGGUGAAGUGGAAACAGAUCGAUAGACUGGAACCUGUAGGGGGGCGAAGUUGCCAGUGUUGGAUCGGUCUACCAGUGAAACUCUGUGCGAGAAGGUGUAAUUGAAAUUCGGUGAUCAUAGUUGGCGUGUGAAUUUAUUGUGACAUCGGCGGAGAAAAGAAAGGCAUUUCCGAGUUUGACGGUGAAAGAGCUUCUUCGCCUGGAACCGAGACCUGCUGCACCGAUCGACACGUAACUCACGGAAGAAGGGCUAGCUAUCCGUAAUCUGUGUACCGAGCAAGGUACAGACGCAGGAUGUCGUCCUGCGCUUGUCCGAUGGGCCCGCCGGUAGGGGCCACACUAGCUGCACUUUGCGGGGGAUCACAGUACAUGCUGUUCAUGGGGUUGCUGGAGGUGUUUAUUCGGUCCCAGUGCGAUCUGGAGGACCCAUGCGGACGGAUGAAGUCUAAAACAUCCAGGAAUACAGACUACGAGUAUGAUUUCAUUGUUGUGGGUGGUGGUUCGGGAGGAUCGGUGAUGGCGUCGCGGUUAUCGGAGAUCAAAAACUGGAAGGUGUUACUGAUAGAAGCGGGUCCAGACGAACCGACGGGGGCUCAAAUCCCGUCCAUGUUUCUCAACUAUAUCGGCAGCGAUAUCGAUUGGAAGUUCAACACUGAGCCCGAACAGCACGCUUGUUUAGGAUCUCCCGAACAACGAUGCUACUGGCCUAGGGGUAAGGUCCUGGGUGGAACGUCAGUAAUGAACGGUAUGAUGUAUAUUCGUGGAAAUCCGGUGGACUACGAUGACUGGGAAGCAAUGGGCAAUCCUGGCUGGAAGUGGAAGGACGUUCUGCCAUACUUCCUCAAGUCGGAGGAUAACCAACAAAUUAACGAAGUCGAUAGCAAGUUCCACACAACAGGAGGUCUACUGCCAGUUUCCAAAUUCCCUUACAAUCCACCAUUCUCGUAUGCUGUGCUUAAAGGAGGCGAAGAAUUAGGUUAUACGGUGCAGGAUCUUAACGGAGCAAACACGACUGGAUUUAUGAUUGCUCAAACUACCAGUAAAAACGGUAUUCGACACAGUGCCGCGAGAGCUUUCCUACGCCCAGCCGUCGACCGACAAAAUUUACAUAUUUUGCUAAACACAACUGUCACUAAAGUGCUGGUACAUCCAACCUCCAAAACUGCCCACGGAGUCGAAAUUAUCGACGAUGAUGGUCACAUGAGAAAGAUUCUGGUAAAGAAGGAAGUCAUCGUUUGCGGAGGUACAGUAAACUCUCCACAAAUUCUUAUGCUCAGUGGAAUCGGACCUAAGGCUCAUCUGGAAAAAGUUGGCGUCCGACCAAUUCACGAUUUGCCCGGUGUAGGUCAAAAUCUCCACAAUCACGUUGCUUAUUUCAUCAACUUCUACAUCAAUGAUUCGAACACGGCGCCCCUGAACUGGGCCACCGCCAUGGAGUAUUUACUGUUCCGAGAUGGACUCAUGUCCGGAACGGGAGUUUCGGCCGUCACGGCUAAAAUCAGCACCAAAUACUGCGAACGACCGGAUGAUCCGGAUGUACAAUUCUACUUCGGAGGUUUCCUGGCCGAUUGUGCCAAAUCCGGGCAGGUCGGUGAACUGCUCAGUAACGAUUCACGCUCAAUUCAAGUAUUCCCGGCGAUUUUACAUCCAAAGAGCCGUGGAUAUAUCGAGUUGAAUUCAACGGAUCCUCUGGAUCAUCCCAAGAUAGUCGUCAAUUAUCUGCAGGAAGAUCAUGAUGUGAAGGUUCUAGUUGAGGGAAUCAAAUUCGCUAUUCGUUUGUCCGAAACUGAAGCUCUGCAAGCCUACGGAAUGCAGCUCGACCGGACGCAUGUGACAGCUUGCAAGGAUCACGAAUUUGGAAUUCAGGAAUACUGGGAGUGCGCCGUCAGACAAAACACAGGAGCGGAGAACCAUCAAGCUGGUUCGUGCAAAAUGGGACCGCUGCGCGAUCCGAUGGCAGUUGUAGAUCACGAACUGCGGGUGCACGGUGUACGGAAUCUUCGAGUGGUGGACGCCUCGGUAAUGCCGAAGGUGACCUCCGGGAACACCAAUGCUCCGGUCAUCAUGAUUGCCGAGAAAGGCGUACAUUUGGUUCGUAGAGCGUGGGGAGCUCGCUAGGAGCUUCUCUUCGGUCGCUAUCGUUGCGAUACUUUUACUAGCAUUUAGGGCACGGAACUAGCCUUCACAAUUAAACUGAUUGCAAAUCUUUUGUUUAAAAUUCGAAAAAAAAAACUCAUUCUCAUUUCCGUUUUUUACUCUAUCGCUGUAAUCAUUGCUGUAUCGUGAACUUUCAUUGACAUACGUCAAACUUGAAAUGGAGACAAACUAGAACUGGGAUAUUGCAGAUUCAAGGUGCUUUAACGUGUUAUCAAGUCAUUAAAAGAAGGAAGCAAAUCGUAGUUCGCUGAUUCAUUGUCCUUUGAAUGCGAUAUUUAGGUCAAACCAGUUAUUGUUAUUGUUGUUAUAGCAUAAAUGUUUGGCGUAACUGAAAUCUAGCACUAAAGUAUCUGUUUUGUUAAAGUGCAAAAACUCCUUAUCUAUUCUCAAGCAAGCCAAUUAUUUUAAUCCACUAAUUUCGUAGCAUUCAGUUCAAAAUAAUUCAUUAGAAGGACCAGUGUUUAUAAUGUAAGGUAUUAUUAUGAAUACCUUUUCAAAUAGAUAUUAACUAUGAACUUCACCCGUAAUUUUCAAUAUUAAAUUCAUUAGUUGAAUGUAUUGAUUCAGUAUGCGUAAAUUGACAUUUAAAUUAUAAUA